AGGAUGUGGCCGAAAUUACGUUGUGAAAUUCUCUGCGUUUGUCUUGUAGGAAGUUUAGCAAGUCCCCUUCGUCGUAGUAAGGUUAAAAGGGACAACUCGGAAUUCCCAUCGAGUGUGGUUGCUCAAGAGCAGCAGUGGGAGCAGUUGAAUGAAGACGUUCUGCCUGAUCAUCUGGAAGGCGUAAGAGUACACAGAGAUGGGCAGUUUAACAAGGAGUUUGAUCAUGAAGCAUUCCUUGGUCCAAACAAGAACGAAUUUGACAGUGUAUCUAAAACUGAAGGCAAUGGUAAACUGAACUUGAUUUUUAAACUAGCAGACAAGAAUGGAGACAAAUUGCUUAGUCUAACAGAGCUUAAGAAGUGGAUUCAAGCCAAGAUUGGCGAACAUUUCUUGCACUCUCACAAGCAAGCUGAUCUUAAGUUCAUAGAAAUGGAUGCCAAUGAUGAUGGCCAAGUAACAUGGGAUGAAUAUGUGGAGCAUCUUCAUGUGCCCAAGGGUACAUAUCGUGAAGUACUCUUGAGAGUUGCUGAAUAUCAUGGACCACCAGCAGACAUGACUAGGUCAAGGAGUCCUGAGCACCUAGCAGUAGAUGACGAAAGUCGAACAGAAGAAGACAGGAUAGCGGCUUUGUUCAUAGAUCACAACUUGGACAGUUGGGAGAUAGCUGAUUACAACAAGGAUGGAACAUUGACAAGGGAGGAAUUUUUAAAUUUUCAGCAUCCAGAACAAAACAGAAACACAUUAAAAUUACUUGUAUCCGAAGUGAUGGAUAGCAUGGAUAGUAAUGGAGACAGGUUGCUAACAUUUCAAGAGUAUGCUGGGAUAAAGAAAGCAAAAGAUGAGUGGAACGACAGAGAUGAAGAGUCUUUCAAGAGUAGAGAGGAAGAAUUUCAGAGCAUGGUAGACAGCAAUGCAGAUGGAGUUGUUGAUGAGGAUGAGUUGGAAUCGCAUCUAGAUCCGAAGAGUGAACAACACGCUUAUAACGAGGCAAUGCAUCUAAUUGCAAUGGCAGAUGCUAACAACGACCAGAAACUUUCCUUGCGAGAAAUACUGGAUCAGUACGACUUUUUUGUAGGGAGUCCAGUAAUGAAUGCAAGUCUGUCACUUCAUCACGAUGAGUUCUAAUCAGGUAUAAGGGCGCACUUUGAUAUCUUGUCUAUCUGUUCGACAAAUAGAUACUGUAUAUACUGAUUGUGCAACCAUCGUAUUUGUUGCAUUACUUGCUUGGUAGGUUUGUGUUGUGUAUAGUAUAUAUAGGAUUCUUAUGAAACUUGGAGACUUGACUUAAA